AAGGAAAAUGAUUCGGCUUAGUGUUUACGCGGGCCUUAGUUCCCUCGCAACAUUAGCUGUGAUUUACCAUGCUUUUAGCAGCCGUGGUCAAUUUUACCCUGCGACUGUGUAUCUAUCGACGUCGAAGAUCAGUUUGGUGCUUCUACUCAACAUGGGUUUGGUUCUAAUGUUUAGCUUAUGGAAUCUGGUGAAACUUGUGUUUCUUGGUUCUCUUAGAGAAGCUGAGGUGGAACGUUUGAAUGAGCAAGCGUGGAGAGAAAUCAUGGAGAUUCUCUUUGCCGUCACUAUAUUUCGACAGGACUUCUCUGUUGGGUUUCUCUCUUUGGUUGUGACUCUUUUGUUGAUCAAGGGUUUGCAUUGGAUGGGUCAGAAGAGAUUAGAGUAUAUAGAGACUACUCCUUCUGUGACUUUACUCUCUCAUGUUCGUAUUGUUUCAUUCAUGGUGUUCCUUCUCGUCUUGGAUGGCCUCCUUACGUAUAGUUCUAUACGGCAAUUGAUUCAGUCACGGAAAGCUUCAAUGUCGGUGUUCUUCACGUUUGAGUAUAUGAUUCUGGCAACAACAACUAUCUCUUUGAUUGUGAAGUAUACCUUUUAUGUCACUGAUAUGCUCAAGGAAGGUCGAUGGGAAGGAAAACCAGUAUACACUUUCUAUCUGGAGCUUGUCCGUGACUUGCUUCACCUUUCCAUGUAUCUUUGCUUCUUCCUUAUGAUAUUCAUGAACUAUGGCCUUCCCCUUCAUCUAAUACGGGAGCUCUACGAAACAUUCAGAAACUUCAAGAUUCGUGUGACUGAUUACCUCCGGUAUCGUAAACUCACUUCUAAUAUGAAUGAUCGGUUUCCUGAUGCAACUCCCGAUGAACUUAGCGCAAUUGACCCGACCUGUAUCAUAUGCCGUGAAGAAAUGACCUCAGCGAAGAAAUUAAUAUGUGGCCAUCUCUUUCAUGUGCAAUGUCUUCGGUCAUGGUUGGAACGACAGAACACAUGUCCCACUUGCAGAGCGCUGGUUGUACCAGCUGAGAAUGCUACAUCGUCAGCUUCUGGAAACCGUGGACCACACCAAGAAUCCCUGCAGCAGGGAACAGGUACUUCAAGUUCAGAUGGGCAGGGUUUUUCUGAAGCUGCUGCUGCUAGUGAGAAUAUGAGCAGGCACGAGGCUAGGUUUCGAGCUGCUGCUUCUGCAGCGUCCAUAUAUGGGAGAUCCGUUGUUUAUCCAUCAUCUGCAAACCCACUAGUAUGGUCUCAAGGUUAUUCAUUGCUUCCACAGACAGAGCUAGAAGCUCAGAAGAGAUUUCUUGAGUCCGAAAUCGAGGUGUUACAAAACCAACUUCGGCUACUCCAAAAUUCGGCAACUGUAGAUACGAAAGGAAAGUCGGUUGCGGAAACUGCAGAUUAAACCAUCAAAGCAAAAUGUGGUGGUCUUAUUAGAGGUCAUCACGUAAACAAAAAGAUACAAUCUAACCUGUAUUUUAGGAUUUUAGGGUAAAAAGAGAAACCAGAGUGAACCUCAGAAUCUAUUUUAGGGUAUUUAUGGUUUUGCUUUGAUGGUUUUUCUAGCGAGGAUUUCAAAAUGUACAUGUUGGGGGGUCUCAAGAGAGCGUGGAACAGACGUAACAAGCCCAACAACAAUUGUCUCGAUAUUAGCUUUUCUUUAAGUAUUUCCUUCCAAUAUAUAUUUAAGCUAGCCUGUAUUCGAUCUGGAAAUAGUGGGUACCCAGAGAAACGAUCAUUUUACUAAGGCCUGUUCGUUUUUUUAUCUAGAUGCUGCAUCUAGAUAUUUGUAUCUAGAUCAGCUCUGAUCUAGAUGCUGCAUCAUUUUGGAAACUAGGUUUUGUAUCAAGAUGCUAUGUUUAGAUAUAAAAUUGUUCGUUU